AGAAAAUAGGUGUGAUAAAAGUAAUGAUGAUGAUGAUGAUAUCUCCUUAGCCAACUUUAUGUCUCGCAAAUUACAAGUCAAUCAACAGGUAUUUUUUUCUUUAAAAAAAAAAAGACACUUCUUUUUCCUUUUACCAUUCAUAGUAUAUACUUGCCUCUCUUCCACCCCCCAUCUCUUUUGUUUUGUCUCCCUAUUUCUAUCCAUGCGUUGAUUUCAUACUCCGCGUAUCCCUUCUGUUAAAAUGUUCAUUCUUUAUAUUUAUUUGAUAUGUAGAUGGCAAUGAUGAACAAUUGGAUAUCACCUAAUCUUAUCACAUUACAACAAGACCCUUGGAAAUAUGGUGAUCCUAAUUGUACGACGCCAAUAUUUAAUAACAUCAAUUAUUACGGUCAAAAUGUCUCAUACCAUCAUCAUCUUCAACAACAACAACAACAACAGCAGCAGUAUACCGAAUAUAGUGGACAAUCACGCAAACAACAUCAUCCUCAUUCUUCAAGAACCAAUCAUCAAUCAUCUCGUAAAUCAAGGUCAGCUCCGAUGAAUAACACACAUUUUGACUCCAGGAUAUCUUCAACACCAAUACCAAAAUCAACCACUCCUCAUCGUCGUGUACGCUCUUCCACUUUGAAUAGUACUUCAUCUUCAACGACUGAAAAUACUUCAAAACAAUCCUAUCGCCAAUCAUAUCACAAUUUACAACCAUCUUCUUCUCAAUCACAUCCAAAUCUUACAUCCUUGGAUCAGCGCCGCUCCAACUCCCCUUGUCCGUCCUUGGCAGAUGACUCUGGAACUUGGAGGUCAUCCAUUUAUUCUCAUACUUCUUCUGUCAAGACUGUUUCCGAUACAACAAGUUUUACAAAUGCACCUCUUUCUUCAUCCUCUUCUUCUGUAUCUUCAAUGUCCAAAACCAAUAAACCUUCAUUAUCCAAACGAAUCCGUGGCGUAUUUACUGGUACAUCAAACAAUAAACCCCAACAUGAAACAUCGUCCUUGAGAAGAUCUCCAUCAUUGGCCUCUUGCGCUUCUUCUGUAUCAACAACUCGUACCCUACCUGGAGAUACUUCAUCUUUUAGAUCAUCAUGGACAAAUCUAUUCAGGAAAACAUCCAAAUCCGUAUCAGUCUCCUCUGGAUUGGACGAACUUUCAACAACAACAACAAUAGCCUCUUCAACGAAUCAAAAAGACAUAACAAUGCAUGUGGAUCCCCGUAAUGUUGGCAAUCCAUUAUCUCGUAACGCAUCACCAAAACCAACCAAAUAUUAUUAUACAGAUCUUCCUUCACCUGCAUUAUCAUCGACAACAUCUGAUUCUUCAUCAACGCCUCCAUCAUCUUUAUUAUCUGCUUUUUCUGUGUCCAGUCCGAAUCAUCACCAUCAUCAUGUCAGCAAUAAGCAUGUACGAUCAUCACCAAAAUCAGAUCUCACAAAUCAGCAACAAGAAUAUUUUGGUGUUCCACCUUCCUCUCGAUUGCAUCCAGCUACUACUUUUCUUCAACAUGGAUCACCUGUCUUACGACCAUCAUCCAAUAUCAGGCAAAGUAGCAAUUCAUCAUUGGUAUCCACUGAUGAUGAUGAUCUUUCAUUAUGUAUGACUGACUCUGUCUCCACUUUGGCGAAUGAUAACAACAAAUCAGGUAUGAUGACAUUAUCAUUAUCCGGUCCAUAUGGUAAAAGGAUAAAUUCCAGUACAACAAAGACAGUAUCAACCGGCAACAAGGGUUCAAAGGUACGAUUUAGGACAACAGUACAAGUACACGAUACAUUUGGAUCGCAGGAUUAUGAUAGACGUUGUGAUACUCAAGCUACUUGUCAACGAUUGACUCCUACUUUGGCCUUACAAAUCAAACAAGAACUCAAUGAAUACAAACUCAACGAAAUGCAAGUGCAUCCUCAAAGUCGACAAUAUACCCAUUUCUUCUUAUAGUUUGAGGGAUGUCUUUUUUUUUUUUUUUUGUAUAUUCUCUUCUCAUUCAAUCUUACAUAGUCCAGCUUUUUAGUGUGGCAC